AUGAUUGUUUAUACAAUAAGCAUCUUUAUUUCCUCAAUUUCAAAAUCUGGAUCAAUUUAUGCAGGAACAUAAACAACCAGUGAUUUUUAAUAUUUAGAUUAAAAUACUUCUCGUUUUUUAUUAUAACUAUCUUAUGCUUAAAGUGGAGAAAUCAUUAAUUAUGAUUAAGAAUUUUAGACGUAUAUAAUUAAUAUCAAUCAUAGAUAUUUAUAAUUUAGAGUUGAAUAUGUUAAAUAAGUAAGACCAUUAAAUACAUCUCAAUAUAAAAGAGAAAUAAACUAACUUAAUGUUUCUAAAUGUUCUUCAAAUAUCAUAGAUUAAUUUAAAUUCAAUUCAUAAUCUAUUUCAGAUGAUUAGAAAAAUAAAUUCAUAUGUUUUAAUGGAGGCUAUAAAUUAUCUGGUUCAUUUUUUGAUUCAACAUAUAACUAUUUAAAAGUUUCAGUUCUUAAGUGUAGUAAUUCUAAUAAUUGUAAAUCUAUUGAUUAAAUUGAAAGUUUAUUAAACAAAGGGUAAUCAUUUUAUUAAGAUUUUCUUAGAAUUAAUGUUAAUAUUUUCAUUUAAGAUUCUAAAAUUAAAUAAACUUUAAAUAUGACACAACCUUCUGAAGAAAAAGCUUAUAUAGUUUUUUGGAGAUUAAAUGUAGGAAUAGCAAAUGGUGAAGACAUAUUUUUAUAACCAAUCCUAAUUGAUUUGAUUAAUAGUAAAAAUAUUUUUAGUUCUUUAACAAAUAAUGAAGAAGCAAGAACUAGAAUCUUUAGAUCUUCUAAAGUUGAAAAAUAAGAGAGAAGAUAAUAUCCUAUGACACUUAAUACAGCAGAAGAAUUAUGUUCUUUUUAUUUAAGGACUUCUUCUGAUUCUCAAUAUUUCUUUGCUUCAAAGAGUGAACCUUUUAGUGUAUUCCUUGAUGCUGUAUCUUAAGCUUCUGGAUUAACUGUGGCUAUUUUAGGUUUCGCAAAGAUACUUUAUAAAAUAUAUAUAGCUCAUGAAACUUAUGUGAAGGUAAUGAAUUAAGUGUUUAAGUUUGAUUUUAGAGAUAAUACAAUAAUAAAGGAAAAUGAUAGUUUUGAAUCUAGUUUAAAAUCAGAUAAGAGAAAGGGUUUAGAUUAAUUAUAUUCAAAUUAGUUAGAUUAUUCAUUUUUAACAUAUCUUCAAAUUGAAUUAAGUAAGAUAAUGGGUGAUAUUUGUAUAUUGAAAUAUUGUUGCAAAAAAACAUAUGACAAAAAAACUAUUAUGGCUUAAAUUGCUAAAUCUAAAAUUAUGUCAGAUCUUGAAUUAUCUAAUAUUGUAAAAAAGUUAUAUGAAAUUGAUUCAUUAAAACUGUUUUUGUUUGAUGAUGCUUAAUUGAAAUUAUUUAAUAGUUUCUCUGAACCAGUAAUUUAUAAAAAAAUUACAGAUCAAAAAGAUGCAUUAAAAAAAAUUAAUAAAGAUUAUCAUAGAUCAAUAAUGAAAGGAUCUAUAUUAGAAAAAUAUUAAUUUAAAAAUCAAGUAUCAGGACCUAUGGAUUUUAGAGAUGCUCUCUCUUCAAAAAGUAUCUAAAUUAUUAAUUCUUUCAGUUCCUAUUGAGAUGCAAUUGUCUAAAGUUUCUCGUUUCUUUAAAGCUUAGAUUAAGGCACAAAAUGGAUAAGAACUUUUAGAUGUUUAUACUAAAAUCUAGUAAGGAGAAAAUUAUAAUAAAAAGAUGAAUCAAUAAUUGCUAAACUUUAUUUAAUACAAUACCAUUUUAUAUUAAAUGGUUGAUUUAUCUCAUAAAGUAAUAUUUUUAGUUUAAAUUAGAAAUAUUCAUUAAAAUCUAUUGAAAGAGAAGAUAUUAAAUUUGUAAAAGCUAGAUCUCAAUAUUCUAAACUUCCUUAAUAAUCUCAAAAUUUAAAUGAAAAUUACAUGAUUGAUGAAGUUAAGGAUUCUGUUUCAGCUAGUUCUCCAAAUUCUGAAUUUUCAAUCUAAAAAUAUGGAUAUAUAAAUGCUAAUGGAGGUGAUAUAUAAAUUGAAUAAAAUGAAUUUGAUAUGAUCUAAGAAAAAGAAGGAAUUAAAUCUAAUUAAAUAGAAAACUAAAUUGAAGAGAAAGGAUAAAAGAUUCGUUGA